AUUUUUCCAAGAACAAACCGAUCUGCCGGUUCCUCCCCCCUCUCUCUCUCUCUCCCCCUUUUCCCUUCAUUUCCUCUCUCUCUAAAUUAGGGGAAGAUUUGAACGGAAACCGUUCCUGCACUCCCUCGCCGAUGGCUUCCGAUGGAUUCGCCGACAGGAACACUGUGUUUAGGAAGCUCAAAUCGAAGCCCGAAAACAAGAUGUGUUUUGAUUGCAACGCGAAGAACCCGACGUGGGCGUCGGUGACGUACGGAAUCUUUCUCUGCCUCGACUGCUCCGCCAUUCACCGCAGUCUCGGCGUGCACAUCAGCUUCGUGAGAUCUACAAACUUGGACUCUUGGGCUCCUGAUCAACUGAAGAUGAUGACUUUUGGAGGCAACAACCGUGCACAAAUUUUCUUUAAACAGCAUGGUUGGACAGAUGAUGGCAAGAUUGAAGCCAAAUAUACAUCAAGAGCAGCUGAAUUGUAUCAGCAGUUGCUUUCAAAGGAGGUUGCUAAGAGCUCUGCUGAGGAUACUAGUUUACCUUCUUCGCCUGUUAAAGCAUCUCAGAAACUAAAUGCCUUGAAUGGACUUCCUGAACUUAACCUUGUAGAUUCACAGAAUAAGGCUACAGACCAAACAAUUGAACCUGAAAUUCCUCGCUCACCUAAAGCUCCAAUCCGUUCUGCUGUUAUUAGUUCUAUCAAGAAGCCCAUUAGUGCAAAGAAGACUGGGGGUCUUGGUGUACGGAAGCUUACAACGAAGCCAAAUGAAAAUCUUUAUGAACAAAAGCCUGAAGAACCUGCACCUGUAUCUGCACCAGUCUCUGCUAACUCGAGGACAAGUGGUCAGUCGUUUCCCUCUCGGUUUGAAUAUGUGGAGAAGAACACACUUUCUUCUGAGAGCAGUUCUAGUGACCCUCAAGUUCUGAGUCAUGUAACUCCACCAAAAUCUUCUAGUUUCUUUGAAGAUUAUGGAAUGGGCAGUGGAUUUCAGAAGAAAUCUACCUCAUCAUCAAAUGUGCAGAUUGAAGAAAGUGAUGUGGCAAGGCAGAAAUUCUCAAAUGCAAAAUCAAUAUCAUCAGCCCAAUUCUUCGGUGAUCAAAGCAAAGCUAACAAUGAGGCUCAAAUUUCCCUGGAGAAGUUCUCGGGGUCUGCAUCCAUUUCUAGCGCUGAUCUGUUUGGUCGUGCAAAUAAUUCUACAGUUGACCUGACUGCUUCAGAUCUCAUUAACAAAAUCUCAUUCCAGGCAUCACAAGAUAUAACCUCUCUCAAGAGCAUUGCCGGUGAGACAGGGAAGAAGUUGACGUGUUUAGCUUCGGGUCUCAUCAACGACUUCCAGAACAGGAUCCUUUGAGGUAACACAUCGACCUACAGUCCAACGUUAGCAGAUUCGCUGUGUUUGGCAUAGAAAUUCCCCAAAGCAAUCUUUGCAUUUUUUUUUUCUUCUUGUUACCCGAGUCAUAUAAAUAAACUUGGAUAGUUUUUCAAACUGCUCUCGAUGUUUUUGGAGCUGGUUAACAUAUAGCACAACCAUCUUGAACAGAACCAUGUAUAUCUGCUGAUCGUUGAACGUUUACUUGUGAACUCGGCAAACCAGAUACCUGAAGAAGUUGAUUUGUUUCAACUAAUUGUGUAAUGAUUCAACAAUGCAGAUUUUGGCAAAAAAAGAAGGCAAUUUUUUCAGGGAAAAGGAAUAAUACUUACCAUUUUGGUACAA